AUGAUGCAAGAAAUGUGGAAUGGGCCACCCGGAUUCCGACCGACGAAAUCAGCUCCAUCUUCUCCGGCCAAGCCUCUUCAGGGAGUUUCACGAACUCGCUCCGAAGCCUUUCACGUCGCCCACAAGGUCCCAGUUGGAGACACCCCUUAUGUCCGAGCCAAGAAUGUCCAACUGGUGGAUAAGGAUCCCGAAAGGGCAAUACCAUUGUUUUGGGCGGCCAUUAACGCAGGGGAUAGAGUGGAUAGUGCUCUCAAAGACAUGGCCAUUGUCAUGAAGCAGCAGAAUCGGGCUGAGGAGGCGAUCGAGGCCAUCAAGUCAUUACGCAGCAGAUGUUCCGAUCAAGCCCAGGAAUCCCUCGAUAACAUCCUAUUAGACCUUUACAAGAGAUGUGGAAGAUUGGAUGACCAAAUCACAUUGCUGAGACACAAACUGUACCUAAUUCAGCAAGGUAUGGCCUUCAAUGGCAAGCGCACAAAAACCGCUCGGUCACAAGGGAAAAAGUUUCAGGUGUCGGUCGAGCAAGAGGCUACUCGAUUGCUGGGUAACCUAGGGUGGGCGCUGAUGCAGCAGAACAACUACAUGGAAGCAGAGGAAGCCUACAGGCGGGCCCUGCUGCUUGCACCAGAUAACAACAAGAUGUGCAACCUCGGCAUCUGCCUCAUGAAGCAGGGUAGGAUUGGAGAGGCCAAGGAGACUCUCCGCCGGGUAAAGCCCGCAGUGGCCGAUGGGCCCAGAGGGGUUGACUCCCAUCUCAAAGCCUACGAGCGGGCCCAAGAAAUGUUGAAGGACCUCGAGUCGGAGAUGAUGAACAAGGGCGGAUGUGACCGAGUCCAGCAGAGAAAACUUUUCGAUGCCUUCCUGGGCUCGUCUGCAAUUUGGCAGCCCCGGCCCUGCAGGGAGCAGCAGCAGCAGCCCCCACAACAAAACCCUUCUUACAUUAUCCCCAGUCAUGAUCCUUUUGCCGACGAGAAUGUCAAUUCGAACGUUGUCCCGAAUCUUAUGGCGGCAAAAACAACAGGUGGAGGGGGUAUCUUGGUAAACCAGCUAAACAUUGACGCGCAGCCAUUCUACUCGACGAGGUUUGGUGGGGAGAGCCUCAAGAGGACGAGGUCGGGGAAUCACGUUGUGGCCAAUCACGUUGUGGUGGUGGGCCCGGGAAAGAAAGCAUCCGUUAACGAGACGGGAAAGAGUUGUUGGGAUGAUUUGUUGCCGGACAUUGCUGGGAGAUUCUUUGGGGUUGGAGAUAAACUUGUUCUCCUCGAGUUUGAAUUCUUGUAG